GAAGAAACUUCAAACUGACACUUUGGAAUUUUUUGUUCUUCACUCUUUUGCAGUCACCAUUGUUGUAAAAUAUUGAAAUUUUUAGGAUUUUUAUAGCAUUUAGGAGUUACUUGGCACCGUUCCGUGAACACCGUGAUAUAGGAUCUAAAGUGCUGGUGGUAGAAAGUCAAUUGAAAUGAGCUUCUUGUUUGGAAGCAGAUCCAGUAAGACUUUCAAGCCAAAAAAGAACAUUCCCGAAGGGACGCAUCAGUAUGAUCUAAUGAAACAUGCGGCGGCAACGCUAGGAUCUGGAAAUCUGAGGAAUGCUGUGGCUCUGCCCGAUGGCGAGGAUCUCAAUGAAUGGGUGGCUGUUAACACUGUGGACUUUUUCAAUCAGAUCAACAUGCUGUACGGAACGGUGACUGAAUUCUGUACAGAGGAGAAUUGUGGGGUAAUGUCUGCUGGUCCAAAGUAUGAGUACCACUGGGCAGAUGGGCAGACAGUGAAGAAGCCAAUAAAGUGCAGUGCCCCCAAGUAUAUAGAUUACCUAAUGACAUGGGUACAGGAUCAGCUGGAUGAUGAGACACUUUUCCCCUCGAAAAUUGGAGUACCAUUUCCAAAGAAUUUCCUGGCCAUUGCCAAGACGAUACUCAAACGACUGUUCCGCGUCUAUGCCCACAUCUACCAUCAGCAUUUUUCUGAAGUGGUAAGAUUGGGCGAAGAGGCUCACCUCAAUACAUCCUUCAAGCACUUCAUCUUCUUCGUGGAGGAAUUCAAGCUGAUCGACAGACGUGAACUGGCACCUCUGCAGGAACUCAUCGAUAAACUCACCGCAAAGGAUGGUAGCGGGAGGCAAAUGUAGGAGCUUUCUCAAUUUUAAGCAUAAUCCCCCAUCUCCUUCCUUCCCCGUAUUUAAGGUACAUUUAUAGAAUUACUUUUUAUUUUCUUUACCCUUUUAUAUAAUCCCUUUUAGGAGACUCCGUUAAUUUUAUUUAAAAAAAGAGAAGAAAGAAAAAAAAGGUUUUUUUUUUGGGUGAAAAGUGAUUUGUGUUUCUCAAUCAGACAAAAAACAGGGUAGCUAAAAUUAAGAAUGUUUGACGCAAUCAAAAAACAUGCAUAAUCGCUGUGCGUGAAUGAUUGGAUUUUAUAUUAUGGAGCAAUGAUGAGAGGAAUGAUAUUUUUGUACAUAAAAAAAAGAAAGAUGAAAAAAAACUCGGUAAUUUUGGCGAGAGAUCUUGCAUGGUGGAAUGUUCCAGGAUGAAUCCCAUCCAUAAUAUUUUGGCUCGUUCAGGAACACAAAGUUUCCUGGACUUUUCUUUUUUAGGAGGAUAGAAAUUUAGAAAAUUAAAUAAUUGGCGAUGGCAAAAUUUAUCAAUAAAGUGCACCAGUCACUUUUCGCCUGAUAUAAAGAUUUAUAUAAAAUCCAAAAGUAUAAAUCUGAAGCUUAAAGAUCAUGACAAGUUUAACUUCUUUUUAGUGAUUUAUCAAUUUAUAAAAGAAAAAAAAUAGCCAAAUCUCUUUGUCUCGCAAAUAGCCCCGUGAAAACGAGAGAAAUAUUUACGGAUUUAGUAUAGAAAAAACCUCAAUUGCGCCCCCAUCCAACCCAUGAAAAUCAAUAAAAAAAAACAAUUUGAAUGUCGUGAAAAUGUCGAAAAAUAGGAACCGUGUCGAGUCACAAGAGUGUUGCCUUAUCUUCAGAGAGAUUAACAAGAAAAGAGAUAUUGAGAAAAAUAAAAAUAAUAAAUAAUUUAUUGUCUCGAAUGGUAACAAUAUUUUUAAGCUAUAAAAAUAAAAAAAAAGAGAAAUAAAUAUCCGAAAUCGGAGAUAUUUUGAAAUACAUUUUCAACCAAGAUGAUAAAAAGAAAAAAAAUUAAAACAUUUUCAUAUAAAACAUUUAAUCAACGCGUAGAAUUUAGCAUUCGGAUUAUUCGAUGACUCGAUUUUUUCAUUGUAGAUGAUAUUUUGCGAAAUUGAUGUUAAUAAUUACAUAAAUAAAUAAAAAAGAAACUUCUUUCUCUCGCAAUCGUGGCGAUCCUUUGAAUAAGUUUUUUUUAUUGCUCCCUCCGGUUAGAUUUACAAUGAUUUUUUUCCUGUUACAAAUUACAACACACAAAUGUGAAUUUCUCGUUCAAGAUGCUUCAUUUUGAAACAGUAAGGACAAACUUCUAUUAGAUUUUUUUUGUGUAUACUUUAAAAUAAACUAUUUGCCUAAAAUAAAA